AUGAGGACGUAUAUCAAGGAGAAAAGGCUUGGGGAAGGAACAUAUGCAGUGAUAUAUCUUGCAUAUGAAGGGAAUGUGCAAGAAAGGCGGUUUGUCAGCACAGGAGACAGAAAAAGCGAUCUUCCUGUUGCAAUAAAGAAGAUAAAGAUCAACAAGUAUUCUCAGGGCCACGAAAUAAGUGCAAUCCGAGAGAUUAAGGCGCUUAAGAGAAUGGAAUGCAAAUAUGUUGUGCGGCUCUUAGAUGUAUUUGUGCAAGAUAAAUGUGCUCAUAUGGUUCUUGAGUAUAUUGAGACGAACCUAGAGAGUGUGAUAAAGAAUCCGGAUAAGAUUAUCAUGCCUGGCGAUAUCAAAGCAUGGAUGCUGAUGGUGUUGAGGGGAGUGUAUGAGUGCCAUAGGCUGUUUAUAAUCCAUAGAGACAUCAAGCCAAACAACAUACUUAUUGCAUCUGAUGGAACGGCAAAGCUUGCAGACUUUGGGCUGAGCAGGUCGAUAGGAAAUUGCAUGACGCCUCAGGCGGUUACAAGAUGGUAUCGUGCGCCUGAGCUUCUUAUGGGAGCGAAGGAGUAUGGAUACUGUGUGGACAUGUGGUCUGUUGGAUGUGUGUUUGCGGAGCUGUUUUUGAGGAUUCCCAUGUUUGCAGGAGAAACGGACAUUGGGCAGCUCGAUAUGAUAUUCAGAGCAUUAGGAACGCCUUCUGAAACAAGCUGGAGGGGGGUGUCGAUGCUGCCUGGGUUUCUUGAAUUUCCGAAAUACAGCCGAGCACCGCUUGGCUCGUUGUUUUCAGCAGUGUCUUCUGAUGCCUUGGAUUUGCUGGAAAGCCUUCUUAUACUUGAUCCGUCUAAGAGGAUCAGCAGUGACAAGGCGAUUAAGCAUAAGUACUUCAGAGAGACACCGGCGCCAACACCUAUUGGAAGACUGCUUGUUUGA